ACUGUACUGUCUUUGGGCGAAGUGCUUCAUUCUGACGUUUGGCGUUUCCUAUUGAGAUAGAACACACCUCUUCCUGUCGGUGUCAGAGUAGUAACCUAACCAUAUUUAGUUGGUCAGAGCCCCACUGAGUUGAGCACAGAAAAUCUGAAAAUCUUAGUCAUAUCGGCGAAUGCAACCGGGAGUUGACAGCCUAGAAACAGCGAGACUGGCCGCUGUUGGAGAGUGACAUCAGUGGAAACAAGGCUGCACAUCAAAACGGGUGCAAGCUGCCUAUCGACAGCAGACUUUGAGUGAUAAGUAGCUGUUCAAUUGUCGGAUGAGAAUUCUAACUAGUAGUCGAAGAUGGCUAGCUAGUUUAUCGCCAAGCCUUAAACUCGAUUUCUGCUGUACGUAAACCCGAAUUUAUCAGAUUUUUAUAACGCGAACUGGUAAGAAACUAAAGAGCCCAGUGAAUCUGCAAUUAUGAUAUCUUGACAAGUGUCAGCUAUGUUUUUCUCGAUCCAUUUGCUAAUCUAGCUAGUUGCUAGCUAGUUUAUCAGCGUCGUUGAAGCUCGAGCAAGUAUCGCCGUGGCAGUGAAAUCUGAUUGGAUACCUUGAUCGUGUGAACAACUUGCAGACGCUGGGACACGGAAGACCCUCGUCCAAAGGGACUGGAACAGUGGCUCGUUUGACAGUGAGUGGAGAGGAGAACUCUGGGGAACCCGUAACUACUCGGCUGCAUCGCCUGUGAGGCGUUGAACUGCCGAUAAACCAGAUUGAACCAAGCAAGAGUUCCUGACGUUUGACAUCUGUGAUCCGGGGAGUAAACCGGGCAGGGACCUCAUGAAUGGAAAUCGGAACUACAGGAGCCGUUGGAGCCCAGCCCCUGUUCACUGUGCCGCGGCGGCCUGGCUAUGGCACCAUGGGAAAGCCCAUCAAGCUGCUGGCCAACUGCUUCCAGGUGGAUAUCCCCAAGAUAGACGUCUACCUCUAUGAGGUGGACAUCAAGCCCGAGAAGUGCCCGCGCCGCGUCAACAGGGAGGUGGUGGACUCCAUGGUGCAGCACUUCAAGGUUACCAUCUUUGGGGAUCGUCGGCCAGUCUACGAUGGGAAAAGGAGCUUGUACACAGCGAACCCGCUGCCUGUGGCAACCGCAGGGGUGGAUCUGGAUGUCACUCUACCGGGUGAGGGGGGCAAGGACCGGCCCUUUAAGGUCUCAAUCAAGUUUGUGUCCCUGGUGAGCUGGCACAUGCUGCACGAGGUGCUAACUGGCCGCAGCGUGCCUGAGCCCCUGGAGCUGGACAAGCCCAUCAGCACCAACCCAGUACACGCUGUGGAUGUAGUGCUGCGACACUUGCCGUCCAUGAAGUACACCCCGGUGGGUCGCUCCUUCUUCUCAGCCCCAGAGGGCUACGACCAUCCUCUGGGAGGGGGGAGAGAGGUGUGGUUUGGUUUCCACCAGUCUGUACGUCCCGCCAUGUGGAAGAUGAUGCUCAAUAUUGACGUUUCUGCCACGGCCUUCUACAAAGCCCAGCCUGUGAUCCAGUUCAUGUGUGAGGUCCUGGACAUCCACAACAUAGACGAGCAGCCCCGACCUCUCACAGACUCCCACCGGGUCAAGUUCACCAAAGAAAUCAAAGGUCUGAAGGUGGAGGUGACCCACUGUGGAACCAUGCGGCGGAAGUACCGCGUUUGCAACGUAACCCGUCGGCCCGCCAGCCAUCAAACGUUCCCUCUGCAGCUGGAGAAUGGUCAAACGGUGGAACGCACGGUGGCCCAGUACUUCAGAGAGAAGUAUAGCCUGCAGCUCAAGUAUCCCCACCUACCCUGCCUCCAGGUGGGGCAGGAGCAGAAGCACACCUACCUGCCCCUGGAGGUGUGUAACAUAGUAGCAGGGCAGCGCUGCAUCAAGAAACUGACAGAUAAUCAGACGUCCACUAUGAUCAAAGCCACGGCUCGCUCUGCACCUGACAGACAGGAGGAGAUCAGCCGGCUGGUGCGUAGUGCCAACUACGAGGCUGACCCCUUUGUGCAGGAGUUCCAGUUCAAGGUGCGCGACGAGAUGGCCCACGUGACUGGGCGCGUGCUGCCUGCCCCCAUGCUGCAAUACGGCGGCAGGGUGAGCACAGAGCACUUUAUGAACCGGACAGUGGCCACCCCAAGUCACGGGGUGUGGGACAUGAGGGGCAAACAGUUCCACACGGGAGUAGAGAUCAAGAUGUGGGCCAUCGCGUGUUUCGCCACACAGAGGCAGUGUCGUGAGGAGAUCCUCAAGGGUUUCACAGACCAGCUGCGUAAGAUCUCCAAGGAUGCUGGGAUGCCCAUCCAGGGCCAGCCGUGUUUCUGUAAAUACGCCCAGGGAGCCGACAGUGUGGAGCCCAUGUUCAGGCAUCUGAAGAACACCUACUCUGGACUGCAGCUCAUCAUCGUCAUCCUGCCCGGAAAGACCCCCGUCUACGCGGAGGUGAAGAGGGUGGGAGAUACUCUCCUAGGAAUGGCCACUCAGUGUGUCCAGGUGAAGAACGUGGUGAAGACGUCCCCCCAGACCCUCUCCAACCUCUGCCUCAAGAUCAAUGUCAAGCUGGGCGGAAUCAACAAUAUCCUGGUGCCUCACCAACGACCCUCAGUAUUCCAGCAGCCAAUCAUCUUCCUGGGGGCGGACGUUACACACCCCCCUGCUGGAGACGGGAAGAAGCCCUCCAUCGCUGCAGUGGUCGGCAGUAUGGACGCCCACCCCAGCAGGUACUGUGCCACAGUGAGGGUCCAGAGGCCCAGGCAGGAGGUGAUCCAGGAUCUGGCCUCUAUGGUCCGAGAACUGCUGAUCCAGUUCUACAAGUCGACCCGCUACAAGCCCACCAGGAUCAUCUUCUACAGGGACGGAGUGUCAGAGGGCCAGUUCAGACAGGUGCUGUACUACGAGCUGCUGGCCAUCCGCGAGGCCUGCAUUGGCCUAGAGAAGGAGUACCAGCCCGGCAUCACCUACAUCGUGGUCCAGAAACGCCACCACACCCGCCUCUUCUGUGCCGACCGCAACGAAAGGGUUGGACGUAGUGGAAACAUUCCUGCUGGCACCACGGUGGACACGGACAUCACACACCCCUAUGAGUUUGACUUUUACCUCUGCAGUCACGCUGGAAUACAGGGCACCAGUCGGCCCUCCCACUACCACGUCCUGUGGGACGACAACUGCUUCACGGCCGACGAGUUCCAGCUGCUCACUUACCAGCUGUGCCACACCUACGUGCGCUGCACCCGCUCCGUCUCCAUCCCCGCGCCAGCCUACUACGCCCACCUGGUGGCCUUCCGUGCCCGCUACCAUCUGGUGGACAAGGAGCAUGACAGUGCGGAGGGCAGCCAUGUCUCUGGUCAGAGUAACGGUCGGGACCCCCAGGCUCUGGCCAAGGCGGUGCAGAUUCACCACGACACGCUGAGGACCAUGUACUUUGCCUGAGCACCACCCCACACCACCAUCAUCGCACUUAAAACACACACCCCUGCCUGCCAGUCAAGGAGGGUUGCAGCCCCCCACAACCAGUCAAUCCGGACCUGACACUGUGUAGAGGGAAGAGGGAGGGGGAGCCCCCCGCAAUGGACUGAGGAUGCAGACAGAUGCUGCUUUAAAACGAGAGGAAGAACUUGGCACUAUUAUGCAAUAUUAAACCAGGCCCCUGCUUUUCCUGGACACCCUAACUCCGCCCCCACCUCCUCCAGGCCCUCCCUCCUUUUCUCCGGUCAUGAAAGAGAUCUGUGGUCUUGAUUCCCGAUGUGUAUGGUCGACGUUGCAGAGUUCGUUCUCUUUCGUCAUCAUGCCUUUUACCUCAACUCAGUUUAACGGCAGCACUUUCUGCCCUUUUUCGUUUGUUAGUUAUGUUUUGACUUUUCUUUAUCAAAGUUUGAGGAGAGAAGAAGAAAAGGAUGAGGUGUUUGAAGAGUGGAUCUCGAUCUGUGCAGAACUAUCACGGCGCACUAGCUUGCCAUUUAUUUUCCUCCUUUUCUUUUAGCCAAUGGGGACUUGUGUGUGUACUAGGAGACUAACACGAGCUCUUAUUUUGAGCACAGUGCCACCUGGAGUCUGAACGUUGUAAAUGCUCUCUUCAAAAGACCCAACCUCUCUGGGGAAUAAGCUAUGAUGCUAAUCAUAUGAUUUCUUACUCGUUAUCAUUUGACUUGACCCAAUAAGUGAUGUGCGUAUACAGUGGCACACAUCCGUAGAGGGUAAUGCAAUGAUAUCAAACCCGAGGUCAGUCCCCUAUGACAUCGAUCUAAUGUGCUGUCACAGCAACAUUGCAAUGUGACCCUGUUUGGAAUUUUCUUUCCUGUACAUCAUGUUUGAUAUUUAAGAUGCUUGUUUUUUUUUACCAUUCUUUCCAGUAUUUAUUAGUACGCUCAAGAUAUAGUAAUUUAAUGAGAAGAGCAUUUAUUUCUGCAUUCUUUCAUUCUAUUUGCUCUCUUGGAUUUGAGUUUUGUUGUGGAAGAUCCUACAUUGAAUGACAGCUCAUGUUGCUUUCCUCUAGUGCAAUAAUGUUUUAGCUGAGGGAAGGAAGCGUCUUCUAGAGGAUACGACUUGAAUGUCUGGAAGUCUGCAGCGGUGAGUUUAGGAGAAUGUACUAGAACCCAGAUCUCUUACGAGAGCUCUCGGAUAGUAAGAGAAUGUUUUUGAGACACACAAUUGGCACUUACCCCGUUGCUCCUCUUUAUGAAGGGAGUAUCGGGGUUCAUAGGUCGAAGGGUUAUGCCAAUGAGUGUGUUAUGGGUUAGAAAUCAAGUGCCUGGUUUUGGAAAUGAACGGUUAAAUGGCUGGUUGUAUGGAUGGAUUAUGACGUGGCGGUCCUAGCUUUCAAAAUGUAUUCGAACAAGGAAGUUAAAGGGCAAGGUUUAGCUGGAAAAAGUUGACUUCACGCUACAUUUUGCCUCAUUUUUGACAGAAGUUGCAUCACAUUGAAAUCCUUGCGAUAGAAAAUAUAUAAUGUGUGUGAUUUUCUCCAAUCAUCUUUGGUAUUUUAGCAGAUCAAGUCGUGCUGCACUCUGCCUCAUCAGACACGGAUCUAGCUGCUAUAUCUACAUGUACUCAAGGUGACUAAGAAUCGAGGCGUGCCUCAGUCAUGAGCGGCAGUAGAGCUAAGCCGCUAAGACACGUUUAAUUUCCCAUAUAACUGACCAUCCAAACCAAAUAAUAGCUAGCUGUCUUCUAGAGUCAAAAAUUCGAUGACUCUUGGAAGUCCGGGAGACUGAGUGAGUGACUUGUGUGGUCGCUGCUUAGCUCCUACGUGACAUGAGGCAUGCCUAGUGGUGUUCAAAAGAGACAAUUAUCUGCACUAAAAUAAGUGUGUGUUGGACCGAACACAUGCCUCUGGUGCUAUGUACCGUAGUAAACCUCCCAAUGAAGUAGACGAGAGGGUCUGUGUUAUGUGGGGAACUGUAGGGACUUCUCGUCCUAACGGUUUGUGGAAACGAUUGCCAUUUGAGAAUCUCUUGUUUUUGACGGUACAAUGAUACAAGGACGCAGUUCUCAAGGCAAGGACUGCCCCAAUAGGUGAACGGUAGUGUGGUCCAAUGGUAGAAUCCUGUGCCCUCCCCUAUAGUCACGUUUGACUGCCUUCCCAACUCUAGCCUUCCCCUGGCUGGAAGCCAAUGGGUUUGAGCCUUCAUGAUCUUCACUAGUGUCCAAAAAGCCUUUUUCAAAAGCCAGAUUGGAAGAAGUGUGUGUAUAUAUAUGUACAUUUCACAUUAUUGUAAUGCACACCACUUAUUUUUGCUAACAAAAAAUCUAACCUAUGUAGUUAUUCAUCAUUAAACGUGAAGGGUAAUAAAAUGUGGCAAGAGUUUUGAGUCGACUGUUGUUGACUCGUGUCCUGUGGCAAUGUAUACUGUUAUUUGUGUAUUUUGUCGUGCGUACAGUGCCGGUGGCUCUAUUUCGACAUGUAACGUGUGUCUGGGUUGUUAUACUGUUGUAAUGGAGCAUAAUUGUUCUGAUCCUGCCCGAUCGUCUUUCUCAGGUGGGAGUUGAUGCCUGUAGAACAGGGGAGAGCGGGAGAAACCGGGGCUUGUCAAAGUGUUGUAGACCCACUUUAAAAGAUGUAGUUGAUUUAAAGAAAGAGAUGGUUACCUGGACUGGUCAUCUUGAACGUUGAGUACCAAUGUGGCCCGGUGUUUUAUUUUAAGCCUGGUGGGCGAUGAGGCCCCUAUAGAGCGAGACUUGGCCUUUUUUAACUGUUGCUUUUCUCCUCUCUCCUUGCGCAACCACGGGCACUUCUUGUGCUCAGAAAUACAAAGCCUUAAGGCCUCCGGUAAGUCUGCAAUGUGACAAAGUAUAUAAUCUCAUUUAGUUUUUUUCCACUUUUUCCUUACUUUUGAUUCCCAGAGGACUACAUUCCGUAGCCUGUAGAUCUGCCAUCUGAUUCCCCUGAGCGCUAAGUGGAGAAAAUAUGGAAGACUAGAGGACAGAAGAAGUUAAGUUUGCUCCGUAAAUGUAUGAUCCAAUGGUGUCUUGGAUCGGUUUGUUGGUGUGUGCUUGGUUGGUAAAGAGUAGGGUAUUUUUGUUAGAUGGGUUUUUGUGCAUGUGGCUGGUUCUGGUGUAUGUAAAGUGAGAAGUAGGGCUGCCAUUUGAGGGAGGUGGUGUGUAUGGAUCGGUACAUGGUUUAGCAAGCGAACAAGCGUAGUGAUCAUCCAAGCUGACAUGAUGAUGAACGUCAAGGACUGUAUAGAACAUUCUGAUUUUCCUGGGCAAAAGAACACAUGUUUACAUAUAGCAGAUGUGUUUGCCGAACACCUUUUUUACUUUUCAACUCUCUAAACCGUCAACAGUAACGUUUUUCAGAUGUUCGUUUGUGUUCAGCAGUUUUUUUUUUUGUGUUUUUUUGCUUAGUUUAUAGAUAUUUAUGAGCAAGGCCUUCUAGGUCUUAAACAUCAACCCAGAGAUUGCUAUACUCUAUGGAAAAGUAGCUAUGUGUUCAUUCCAUUGCCUGUGACGCACAGAUAUACUGGAUUUUGAGGUGUAGGUUCUUUCUUUUCGGCGCGGAAGGCAAAUCUAUGGCAGAGUGAAGAAGUCCACAGGAAGUGCCUUUCUUUAUGGUGGUGCUGUAAAACAAAAGUCAAAUGGUAAAGACGUUUAUCUCAUUUUUGAAGAAGAAAAAUAAAAAAGCAUUGCAAUGCAGAAACAUAUGCACAGUACACACACUAUACAUACCAAGAUGCAUAAAGACCGAGUAUAUGAUUGUGGUUGAGCGUUCACUUAGUGGUGCAUUUUGAGUUUGGACCAAUCGACUCGGUUGGUUGGUGCAGUGGAACUUGCGUUGACAAGCGAGGUCAUAGUUAAAACCGAUGUGUGUGACACAGCCUGGGCCACGAAUGACGAACAUAGCACAGCACUUUAUAGACUGCCACUCUCACUCGGACACAUAGCCACAACGUUUUCUGUCUGUGUACCUCAUCCAAUCCCCGCCUCCCAGAUACAGUGGCGUGUCGAGGACUUGUUAUGUGAUUUGAGGAGAUUUUCCUCCUCUGGGAAUUGGAUUGCGACACCAAACAAAACGGUUCCUAUCGCUACGAAGUGGCCAUUUUUAAAGGUGUGCCUCCAGCUCAUGUGACUCCGCUGAUGAUGAUGACUGUUUUGAGUCGGCCUGCGUUUUGUGGUUUCUCAUUAAGAAUCUGAAACCACCAACGGUUUUUAAGUGUUCCAAUGUAAGGAAUUUGGAAGUAAUGGCAUUCAUAUUAGGAUGUCGGCAGUUGUCUGGCCCAUGGCAUUCUCAUCCCAGUGCAAAGCCUCGCCCUGCCGCGUGUCUGUCUUGUCCUUAAUGGAAGGAUAGUGGGCCUACUUUCAUUGGGGUUUUGGGGCAGUUCGGGUGUGGAAUAAGACUCAGAGAGGGUCUGUAUGAGUCAUUCGGGGUAAUUAUCAGUCCAGGGGGGUGGUAUCUUUUUUACAAGACAUUAAAAAAACAAUGCGCCUCACUUACCUUUGUAUGCUGCAUACGUUAUACUACAUGAGAGGAGAAACUGCAAAUAUUGCUUUGGUUAUUACAGGAUAAUGCUUGAUUAAUACCUGAUUAUGAUAUUCUCAUAACUGUUUUAGAGACGGAAGUAUAACUAAGAUUCUCUUGUUUAGUUUCUUUUGUCUUAACACUUAUCUGACUUGAGCCGAACAUUUUAUUUUGUCCUAUUUAAAUGUUGUUCUUUUUAAUAUGUAUAUGAAAUAUAUAUUGCAAGAUAUUUUAUGCUGUAUUUAUUGAGUGCAUAAACAAGCAGCUAGCUAGAGUCUCCACAACAUUGGCAGCGUGGUGGAGGUGCAGCUAGGGGACGAGGCCUUAAACCCCUCCCCCCUCCAUGUUGAAGACUUAUCAUCCCCAAACACGCAAGCACAGCAACGUGUUGGAGGGCGGACGGAGGGGCACAGUUGAGCAGGGGCAUCCGUUUUUAAAUUGGGUAUUACUUAUGUAGACCCCUGCUUUUUAGCUUUCUGUUUGGGGGAAGAGGCCUUCUCAUAUGUCCUCAUCACCGACUUGUACUCUCUAGUCCCUCUCUCCUCUCCGGUUCUCUCCUCCCAUCUUGUUGAGCCCACCCACCACCCCCACAUGUUGCAUCUCAUCUCUGUAGGGGUAGGGAACCUUCACUGAACCACACGGACUGGGCUGAGCUUGUAAAAACUGACUUCCUCAUCCAGAGCUGCUAAUGUGUUAGCCAUGUAAACUCCCCUGGCCUGGUGGAGAAUAGAGGGGAGGAGGGAGGGAGGGAUAGUGCUAAGGCAGAGGAUGUAUGGUUAGGUGUGGCUUCUGUGCUUUCAUGUCUCCUCUGUGGAGUUUUUUUUUUCUCCUUGUGCCAGAGACUUUUACACAGUAAGGAGUAGAGACUAAAGUCCCAUUCCACUCCAAUGCAAGCCUCAGUCUUAAGUGUGUUCUUACUACUUUGUUGGGGUUUAUUUACAACUACAGAAUGCCUGAGUUGAGUACAAAAAAGGCCCAACUCCAAAAUGUCAUCCUCGUGUUUAUUUUCAAACCACUAACAGUGCUACAGUAGUUGGUGAGCCCCAACGUACAAAAGUGUAUGUUUCCCCACGUGUGUGGAUGUAAGAACAGGAGCCAGAGGGUUCUGUGUGCUGUACUUAGACUUGUACCUGUGUAACGAAUCAAGGUGUUGUAAUAAUGAGUUGCUGUUCUGUUUGCCCACUGUCCAUUAGUCGUUCCCACCUCACUCUAGGGUCAGAGGCAUGGAGCUUUGAAGGGGUCGUCAACCCUGUUCAGAACUUCAAUAGGCUUUUCCUACCUAUUACCCACAGACAAAUACUUUAAGACACGUAGACUCCAUUUAGCUCUCUGUUUUGAUGUGCAAACAGACGCUGCUUGCUUUCAGUCCAUGUUGAGGUUUUGAAAUCCCGUUUGUUCGAGAGAUUAUCGAAUGCCGUUUUCCCAGUUGCCAAUGAUGCUGGACUUUUUAAAGGGUUUCCUAUGUGUUUCAUCCUUAUCUUGAGGUUAUUUUGUAUUUGACGUGCGGUCAGUUUGUCAUUACUUUUUAAUUGAAUGUCAGUCAGGAUUGUGUGCUGUGAUACCAUUUUGAGUCCUGAGGCACCUGCUAAAAUCAAUGGGUGUUUGAUGAUACGAGCAAGGUAGCCACAUGAGUUCCAUGCCUCUGGCUCUGUUUCGGUCUCUGUCUCUGUCUCUACUCUGUAUGUUUCAAACUCUCUGUUGUACCAACAGGUCUUUUUUAUUUUAGUUUUAAAUGUCUUUGUUUUGUAUUUCUCUUUAGGUCUUUUAGUGUUCCACUUCAAAAACUUAAGCAAAGUAUCUUUCACGAAUACUUGCAAUAAAAAGCUUUGCUUUCAUA